AUGGCUCGGACAGGGCAAACAGCUCGUAAAAGCACGUAUGGAAAAGCUCCACGAAAACAGUUGUCGACGAAACCAGCUCGCAAGACUGUUUCGGGAACAGUUUCUCAAAUUGCUCGGGCGGCAGUGACGAUGCCUGAAUUGAAAGAAGAAGGACAGCUUGAAUUAGAUGAUGAUCGCAAAAAAGUCGAGUUGGAAAGCGAAAAAGGGAUUGAAUCCAGCAAAGAAGAGACGAAAGGGCUCAGCGUUUCUGGCACUGUUGACGAUGAAGAUGACGAGCUGAUUGUAAUUGGCGAAGUAAUUACCGGCAGUCGUUGCAAGCAGACAGCCCGAAAAAGCACUGCAGGAGCAGCACCACGAAAAGAACUUGCCACAAAAGCAGCAAGAAAAAGCGCACCACGACCUUCUCAAAUUAUUGAAGUUGGUCCUGAAGUUAUCGCUGCCAUUGCUCCAGAAAGUGAAAUCGUCGACAGGCCAGUUGAAAUUGAUGAUGUUUGGGAAUGGUUUUCAAAAACGAGAACCCGAGCGACUGGUGAAUCCGGCGAAAAGAUUCGCAUAGAUGAGGAAGAUUAUAGAGCGAGGAGGAAGAUCGUGCAAGAUUAUCUCUUGCAGAAACGAUUGUUGAAAAAAGCGGCUCGGAAAUGUGAACCAGAUACAGAUAACAUGUAUGGAUAUAUUGAAGACAAUGAUUCUCAAGCAGUCGAGUUAUCUCCUGAAGUUGUCGCUGCCAUGGCUCCUGAAAGCGUUAUCGAGGGCCGAACGGUUACAAACGAGGAUGUGCGCGAUUGGUUUAUGAAGUCGGCAACUCGAUAUUUCGAAAUUCGAAGGAAGAAGGCCAAAGAAAUAACGCCAGAUGACAAAGACUUCACAGCACGGAGGGAGGUUGUUCUGGAUUAUAUAAAAGUGUUGUCCGUAAGAGCAGCGCGGCAUAGACGUUUAAUGUGCUGUUAUCGUCCCGAUUUGACAGGAACCGCAACCGCUAGAAAAAGCGCACCGUGGGAACCGUCGAUUCGACCACCGGAAAGUUUGAAGCCAAAGGUUCACAAUUUUACAAAGAGAAAAAUUGUUGUUAUUGAAGAAAAUAGCCCGAAAAAAAUGAAGAAAUACGCCGAAACAGUUCGAAUGCAUUCUCUGAUAAAAGAAAAGGGGUUCAAGAUUGAAGACGGUCAUUUCAUCGCUAGGUCGACUUGCAAGUACCCAGUUGUGAAGAUAAAACUUGAUUUGAUGGAUAAAACACUUUUGAAAUCUCUCUUGAAGAAAAAUGAUUCUGCUGUGGUUUUGGAAGCGGCGAAAAAAAAGUUGAAUGAAGAGCAGAUCAACGCUGCUCUGAAGAAAAGGAAGAAAUCUAUCUCAUCUCCCUGCAUUCCAACGACGAACAUAGCGAAGGACACAGUGGAGCAGUUGCAAAAAUCGCCUUUUUUGACUCCCGCAUCUCCAGGAGAAGAAAAAAACUCUACUGAGCCAGCAACUUUUCGUAAAAAUGAACCCCAAACUUCCGAAAACGAAGAGUCUACUGCGAUCUCUUCUUCUUCCUUGAUUUCGUCGCCGAUCACAACUGAUGAAACUGCAGAGAAAGAUUCAAAUCUUCCAAAGACUAAAGAAUCGCAGCAGCAACGAGCUUCUCCUUUAGUUUCUGCAUCUGUCUUCCAGGGAGUUCCAGUUGAACAACAAAGCUCUAUAGAUCCAGCAUCUUUGCCGCAGCACCAACCAGCUUCUCCUUUCAUUUCUGCAUCCAAAAAGAUAAAGGAGGAGUCAACGAUUGAACAACCAUCGGCGGUUAAAGACGAACCUGACGAGCAAGAGCCAACAUCCCUUCCCGCACUUUCUCCAUUUUCCUUUAAACCUCAAGCUCCCAUAAAACAGGAAGCCUACGCAGAUCAGCUGUCUCAGGUUAAAAAUGAACCUCAAGAACAAGAGCCAACCUCGUUUCCCACAAUUUCUUCAUCUUCUUUUACAGCUCAAGCUGCCAUAAAAAAGGAAGCCCCCGCAGAUCAGUCGUCUCAGAUGAAAGUUGAGCCUCAAGAACAAGUUCUUCUGCCUCCAAAAGAAAUACUCAUGCCUUCUCGAAAACGUCACAUGAAGGAAAACCCAUCCGAAGACAAUCCGUCAAAGAAACCAAAAACCUUCAACUGA